AUGGGACGCGAGCGCUCGGGCAUGGCUAAGGACUGCAGACGCAGCUUAGGCAAGUCGUUCGAAAGCAUCAUCCCCGCACGGGUUGGGGCUCUGGAAUCGGUGGAAAAGAUCAUCGUCGGAGUGCCGCACACGGUCCAGGAUGAUUCGGUGUCGCUUGGAAUAUCAUCCGGACACAUCUAUUCAGAUACAGUCGUCUUCAGCACACAGAAUGCCGGCAGCAAGUCUAUUCAUACGAAAGAUGGUCUAGUGCAUCCCGGAGAAGUCAUGUCACUAGAACUAUCCAACUACGAACUAGGAUGCUCGCCCGGAGUGUACUGUUCACUCUUCCUGGCAAACCGCCGGUCCUACGGCCGCGCCAUCCACAAGUCAUUCGAAGUCAACGGCGACGGAACGGGCUAG